GUAUUUUUAAGGAUAAGCCCAGUCGAACCCUUUUUCAUGAUGCAGAGCAGAACUUAUAUUAUAUUCCCCUUAAGUUUUGUAGUACAAUUUGGGUGCAUGUUACGAUUGAUAGAUGGAAAAAGCGAAUCCCAUAUGCGAUUCUCAUUGAAUUGGGUAGUUCCA